AUGGCAGGCGGUGGCAAAACCAUCAAAAACACGGCAAGCAAGCAGGCUCUACGUGCUACUAAAAGGGUAACAAAGCAAGUGGCCAAGCAGAGUCGUAAGGUAACAUGCAUUGCAAAGCCGAAGCGACUCAAAGCUCAUGUGCAGCGCGCAAUCAAGGCCAAGGAGCCCAAACUGGUAGAAAACACAAAGAACUUGCUAGUGCUGCGCGGUAACAAGACUAGUGAGGAGGUCAAUGAGCUAUUGCGCGAUAUUCGCAUGCUGAAGGCACCAUUUGCCAAGUUUCUGGGCAAGAAAAACGACAUUCACGUGUUCGACGAUGAGAAUAUGGUGGAGUUUCUGACGCAGAAGAACGACGCGAGUCUAUUCCUUAUUGGCAGCAGCACGAAGAAGCGUCCGAACAACCUCGUGCUUGGUCGCACGUUCGAUGGCCACAUUUUCGAUGUUCUGGAAUUUGGUUUCUCUAAUUUCAAGUCUAUCAGCGCCUUCAAGUGCAAAAGUAAGAAGGCACCUGGCUCUAAGCCCAGCUUUGUGUUCACGGGCGAUCAGUGGGAAAACAUCGAGGCAUUUAUGAAGCUCAAAAAUGUAUUGCUCGACACUUUCCGCGGCACAGUCGUGCAGAAUGUGAAUGUAAAGGGACUGGACCACGUCAUCGUGUGUACGGCCUGGAAGGAGUCGGUCUUUUUCCGUUCGUACUCGAUCGACUUCAAGAAGGGUAACGAAUCCCAUCCGCGCGUGGAGCUGGACGAGAUGGGUCCGCGCUUUAAUCUGCAAUUCCGUCGGACUAAAUUUGCAUCGUCUGAUUUGAUGAAGGCUGCUACCAAGAAACCCAAGGGUCUGACCUCUAAGAAGAUAAAGAACAUUUCUCGUGAUGAGCUUACAGGCGACAAGCUUGGACGUAUUCACAUGAACCACCAGGAUAUAUACUCGAUGCAGAGUCGUCGGGUAAAGGCGCUUCGCAAAUCGCCUGCCGAUUUAAAGACCGCCAAGGGUGCUGGAGAUGGUGAGGGAGAUCUCAAAAUGGAAGACUAA